CAAUCACUGCAAACUAAAUGGCUCUUGUUCAUGCUACGCUUCUUUUCCCGAACCUACUAUUCUUCUUCUUCUCUCAAGUUUCCUAUGCAACCGACACCAUCACUCAUUCUCAACCACUUUCCGAUGGCUCCACCUUGGUCUCAAAAGAUGGAACCUUCGAGUUGGGUUUCUUCACUCCCGGUAGUUCCACAAACCGCUACGUCGGAAUUUGGUUCAAAAAUAUCCAAACUAGAACCAUAGUUUGGGUUGCGAACCGUAACAACCCUACAAAAGACAAGUCCAGCACGUUGUCGCUAACCGAAGAGGGAAACCUCGUACUCCUCAACAUAAACCGGUCUCUUGUUUGGUCCACGAAUACAACAUCAAAAGAACCGGUUUCAAGUCUCGUGGUGCAACUUUUAGACAGCGGGAAUUUAGUGAUCAGAGAUGGAAGCAACGACAAGAAUGAAGAGAGUUUUUUGUGGGAGAGUUUUGAUCAUCCUUGUGACACACUAUUACAAGGAAUGAAACUAGGGUGGAACCUUAAAACCGGUCUAAACCGGUUUCUAACCGCGUGGAAAAACUGGGAUGAUCCAUCUUCGGGAGAUUUUACAUCGGGUGUGAAGCUUGGGACCAAUCCUGAAUUGGCAAUAUGGAAGGGUUCGGUUGAGUACUAUAGAAGUGGUCCAUGGAACGGGAUUUUCUCUAGUGGGGUAUUUGGGUUCAGUCCAAAUCCACUUUUUGAAUAUAAGUACGUCCAAAAUGAAGAUGAAGUGUACGUGAGGUACACGCUAAAGAAUAGUUCUGUGGUUUCGAUCAUUGUUUUGAACCAAACCCUUUAUCUUCGCCAACGCAUUACGUGGAUUCCCCACACUAGAACUUGGAGUGUGUACCAAUCGUUGCCACAGGAUAGUUGUGACGUUUAUAACGUUUGUGGGGCUUAUGGGAGUUGCAUGAUUAAUGGGUCCCCUGUGUGCCAAUGCUUAGAGGGGUUCAAGCCAAAAUCGGUUCAAAACUGGAAUGCAAUGGAUUGGACACAAGGGUGUGUGCAUAAAGAACCGUGGAGUUGUGGGGUUAAGAACAAAGAUGGUUUUAGAAGAUUUGUGGGGAUGAAAAUGCCUGAUACCACACAUUCUUGGAUAAAUACAAGUAUGACACUUGAAGAUUGCAAGGCCAAAUGCUUGAAUAUUUGUUCUUGCACUGCUUAUGCCAACUUAGACACAAGUGGGGGAGGUAGUGGUUGCUCAAUUUGGUUUGGUGAUCUUGUUGAUUUGAGAGUUUCAGAAAGUGGGCAAGAUCUAUAUGUUCGAAUGGCCACUUCAGAUACGAUUAUUUACAAUGAUGCUAAACAUAAGAACUCAAAGAAGGUAGUCUUGAUGGUGGCUAUCAUAGUUUCGUUAGUCGUGAUGAUGCUAAUGGGAUUCUCCUACAUUUACAUGACCAAAACAAAGAAGGAAGAAAACGAAAUAUGGACAGAGGAGAAAGAUGAAGGUGAGCAAGAAAAUCUGGAGCUUCCUUUCUUUGACCUUGCUACAAUAAUUAAUGCCACCAAUAACUUCUCAAUUGUCAACAAGUUGGGUGAAGGUGGUUUUGGGCCUGUAUAUAAGGGUACAAUGCUAGAUGGACAAGUGAUAGCAGUUAAAAGGCUUUCAAGGAGUUCUGGACAAGGAUUGAAAGAAUUUAAGAAUGAAGUUAUAUUAUGUGCCAAACUUCAACAUCGAAAUCUUGUUAAGGUUCUUGGUUGUUGCAUUGAAGGAGAGGAGAAAAUGUUACUCUAUGAAUAUAUGCCCAACAAAAGUCUCGAUUCAUUCAUUUUUGAUUCAGUUCAAAGUAAACUUUUAGACUGGCCUAUGCGCUUUAACAUCCUGUGUGCAAUUGCUCGAGGACUUAUGUAUCUUCAUCAAGAUUCUAGAUUAAGAAUCAUACACAGAGAUUUGAAAGCAAGCAAUAUCUUAUUAGAUAAUAAUAUGAAUCCAAAAAUUUCAGAUUUUGGUUUAGCUAAAAUGUGCGGAGGCGAUCAAGUUGAAGGGAAUACAAACAGAAUUGUUGGAACAUAUGGUUAUAUGGCACCUGAAUAUGCUAUUGAUGGGUUAUUCUCUACAAAAUCGGAUGUAUUUAGCUUUGGUGUAUUGUUGUUAGAAAUUAUCAGUGGAAAGAAAAACCGAACAAUUACAAAUGAAGGCCACAUUGAUAAUCUUAUUGGACAUGCAUGGAGAAUGUGGAAAGAGGGCACUCCAGAACAAUUGAUUGCUCCAAGUCUAGUGGACUCAUGUAAAAUAUCUGAAGUUAUACGUUGCAUUCAAGUUGGUCUUUUAUGUUUGCAGCAUCAUCCCGAUGAUAGGCCAAACAUGACAUCUGUGAUUGUAAUGUUGAGUAGUGAAACUAUUUUAUCUCAACCUAAAGUACCUAGUUUCUUAAUUAAAAAUAUUUCAAUUGAAGGCGAGCAAUCUUGUGAUAGACAAGAGUCUUGCUCAAUCAAUGAAGUAACUGUCUCAUUAUUAAAUGCUAGAUAGAGAAAAUAGUUUACUCAAACAUUGUACAAGAAUUUUUUUAACUAACUAGAACUUGGCACUUAAAAUAUUUGUUAGUCAUUAAUUAUGUGUGGUGAAAUAUGAUGAAUAGUUUUUUAAA